AUGGAUAGUGCGCUGCCACAAGCGCAUGGCGCGGGCAGCAGCGAGCCGGCCGUCGAAGGACUCCUGGUGCUAAUUGUCGACACCAAUCCCGUGCACUGGUUUGCCCAGGGAGCUGGGGCCGCGGAGCGGGCUGGUCUGCAGCGGCUGCUCUCGAGCACGCUGGUGUUCGUGAACUCGUACCUGCUGCUGCACCGCAGCAAUCGCAUUGUCAUAAUCGCUGCCCACGCCGGCAAAAGCGCCAUGUUGUAUCCCAAUUUGGAGCAAGAAGACACUUCAGGGAGUGCAGAACAAGCUGCUAAGGUCAACGCUGGCGUCAUGCAGCGUCUACAGGAGCUGAGCGACGACCCAUUGGACCCGGCCAAGCCGAACCGAACAGCCAUUGCAGCGUCGCUGUCGAGGGCCCUCUGCUUCAUCAAUCGUGCGAUGAAUGAAGAUCCGGCACUACGGCCGCGUAUCUUGGUCAUCCAGAAAUCGCCCGACGUGUCGGAGCGUUACAUCGCCAUUAUGAAUGGCAUUUUCUCGGCGCAGAAGAAGAACGUGGCAGUGGACGCGUGCAUCCUUGCGUCGGAGCAGUCGUCGUUUAUGCAACAAGCGGCCUAUCUGACGGGUGGCAUCUAUUACAAACCCAACGACCACAGCGGCUUGCUCGAGUACCUCAUCGCGAUCUACCUGCCCGAUCCGUCAAUGCGCAAGCUGCUAAAGCUGCCGUCGCAGGACUCAGUUGACUUUCGAGCCAUGUGUUUUUGCCAUCGCGAGGUGAUCUCGACAGCGUUUGUCUGCCCCGUGUGUCUGUCGUUGUUUUGCGAGUUCCGACCAAUCUGCUCCACACCGACGAUCGCAGAGGUUUUCGCCGAGCGCAAGGCCAACAACGCAGCGGCCUUCAUCGCGUUCGUGCCCUGCGGCUUCAAGGCCAAAGCCGACACAGUGGACAUUCUGCUCGGACUGCAACGUGGAGGUGCCAACAUCAUCGAGGUGGGCAUUCCGUACUCGGAUCCGCAAGCGGAUGGCCCGACCAUUCAGCGCGCCCACCAGGUGGGUGUGGACCAGGGCAUUACGUUGCACGACGUGCUUGCUACGGUGAGCGAGGCGCGUGGGCAGGGCCUCACGACUCCUGUCGUGCUCAUGGGGUACUACAACAACUUCUUGCAGUACGGUGAAGACAAGAUUUGCCCUGAUGCUUACAAAGCUGGAGUCGAUGGGUUCAUCAUUGUGGAUCUGCCGCCCGAGGAGGCCAAGCCGCUCAGCGAUGCCGCAGCCGCACACGGACUCGCGUACAUCCCGCUGGUGUCCCCAACGACGACGGACGCGCGGAUGAAGCUCAUUGACUCGGUUGCACAUGGCUUCGUGUAUUGCGUGAGUCUCACUGGUGUCACUGGAGCGCGGCACGAGCUGCCGCCGAACCUCGACGCGUUCAUGAGCAGAAUUCGUGCCAAUGUGAAGCACCCGUUGGCGCUGGGCUUUGGUCUGUCCACGCGUCAGCACUUUGUGCAGGCCAGUGCGCUCGCGGACGGAGUCGUCAUCGGCUCCAAGAUUGUCAAGAUCAUUGAAGACUCGCCCGAUACGGCCACUCGGGCUGCCAACGUCGAGGCGUUUGCCAAGAGCAUCGUGAAUGCGUAG